CCGCUUGGUACAAAAAACAGUGUCUGAUCUAGCUUGUUUUUUUGAUUGUUCCAAAAUUAGGUUGACACUGGUCUACAUCCGGCAGAAUACUUUGCAGUUAUGCGAGUUUGGUCGAGCCCCCAAAAAAAACCUUUACAUAGGCUUAUUACCAACAACUGGUCGACACGCCCGACUCGUCUGCUUUUGCGGUUCUUGUCGACUAGCUUGAGAUGGAUAACACAACUAUAACAGAGUGGAUAGGCCUCCCUGUAUACCGUCCGGCCGAUCGGCUUCGACUUGUUCAUCUUUGGAUAUCCGUCGUUUUACACUUUGGUUGUGUUGGGUUGGCGGCUUUCAAUUGUGUUCUCUUUUGUCUGUAUCCGGACUUGCGCAAGGGGGUUACUAGAUGGCAUAGCUGGAUUGUAUUUUCGAUUUGUGUGGUUGAUUUUUUCCUAAAUAUCUUUCAACUCGGUGCAGUCAUUGAUCAACUCGCUGCUGGAGGAUGGCGUUUGUCCGACACUUGGUGUCAGUUCCAAGGAUUUACAUCCGCUCUGUUCGGUUUCAUGUCGUUCAACGGAGUUACAAUGCUGACGAAUGAGCGAACAUAUACCAUUCUGUUGCGAAAGACCUGGACGGGCACGCACACGUUGAUUGGGGUACUCUUAUCCUAUGGAAGUGCACUUAUUUUGGCAGCUCUAUACUUUUCUGGGGGAAAUCGAUAUGCCUUGCAGGAGUCUGGAAUUUAUUGUAGCCCGGAUUACGGCGCUAUCCUCCGUCCUCAGCCGCAUCCGACUGUCAAUAGAGUAGUCAGCUACUUCCUAGGUGUCAUCGCAUUUGUCACCUAUACCAAUAUGAUAUGCACCUACCUCGCAAUCUGGAUAACUGUCCGAAAAACUGCCCGAAAAUUGGAACGAGUCAUAAAGAUCAAUGCGCCCCGGGACAAGAAUGUCGCCAAAAGUGACGGAGUGGCACCUAUAAGCCAGGAUCAGAAUGCCCUCGCAACCCUCUCUUCAAAGUCAAACGUUCCUAUUGACAAGGAAGAAGAAGAGGAUUCAAGACGAUAUGAGAUCCGUGCUGGCGGAGGAGCCAGCGGACAACCGCAAUCCGGGUCCCAAAAGGAGUCAUCCGGAAACGAUUCCAGUGACGCAGGAAAUAAAUUCAUGUCGAAAAAGAGAAUGACUUUGGAAACAGCCAUUGCAAUGAAAAGCGCCAUUAUGAUUGGCUGCUACGUACUCACCUUUAUUGCCACUUCCACCAAAAUUAUCUAUUCGGGAGCUCGUGCAGAACCCAUUUCUCGGGAGUGGGACAUGAUAGCAGCUCUUUUGGCUGUAUCUCCAGGUAUUGUCAACCCGCUGUGCAACGAUAUCAUGGAUGUACGAUGGAGACGAGCAAGUCUGAGCAUGCUAGCGGCCAUUAGGAGAAUACCAGGAAGAUUAUUGGGCACUCAAGAGCAGUUAGCGGAAACCAAGGAACCGAUACCGACAUCGACAAAUGUCAGCAGCAGAUAUUUAGUUCCGGCUGGCGCGAGCCCAAAUUGAUACGAGAGAGAUAGAUCACAGCCAUUAUACAGACAAUCUUUGCCUGUAACAUAGUACCUUUACGUCGCUCAAAUUAAACAUCUGCAUGGUGGGAACAGGCUCAGGUUGCUAUUAUAGCAUAGAAUAAAUAAGCAAUAACUCUUGAUAUUGGUUCCACCGUCGUUAGCCCAGCAACUGCGGACUAAACCGACAAUUAGAUUACCUUAUCCUUUGGCA